AUGAGCCAUUGGGCCAUACCUUGCGAUAUCUGGAAGACCAUGGAGGAGGAGAAGGAGGCUAAACACCGAGGUCAACUGACAAAGAAGCAGCACCAACAGCUGCUAGACUUCAAGACUGUUACAGGACCACACAAUUUCACAAGGGAGGCAGCCCUCCAUGCAGUCACGAAGUUGAUUGCAACUAAUAACCAAUCACUUGCUCUGGCUGAUAACCUUGCGUUUCAGAACGCCUUGGUGGCGAUGAGGCCGAAAUCAACAACACAUGACCUUCCCAGCUCCUACGAUGCCAAGAUUCACCUUCACAACGAGUUUACCAAGCACAUGAAGCAGCUAAAGAAAGAAAUAACCAUAAGAAGUUCAAUUUUCGAUGCUUCAGAUAAUGCUGAGGACUUACUUUAG